CACGUGAAGGUACACUUGUAGAGGAAUAACUGUGUGUAUCGUUUCCUGACUCUGUUUACCACAAUGCAUUUCGGCGGUGUUGUCGCGCAUGCGUGCUAACUGUAGGUCAGGAUUCAGAUCAGUUAACUGUCAGUCACAGGUCUCGAUCUCGCUACCCUUGGCAAAUACAUGGCUAUUAUCCCGUUUUUUGCUCUCCUUUCGAAAAUGUCGACGGGAGGAAUGGUCUCUGCGAAUUUCUUGUCUUCAUAGAGCAGUGCGUGCAUACUGCAGAUGCAGGAUGCGGUGGUGUCCCAGCUCUGUGCUCCACCUGCUGCGCUGUGUGCGGCUACGGUUGUGCACCAGGCGGGGAAGGAACAGACUGCCUUUGUGGAUUAGGGAAAAAUGGGCUUACAUGAAGCUGCUGGUGCAGUCACUUUACUUUAACUCUCUCACAGACUCAGAUGUGGUUUUUGACUCAGUCUUUGAGCCUGUUUUUUGGACCGUGGAUUAUAUCACCCGCUGGUUUGGCUUGGUGUUUGUUUGUCUGGUGGUGAUACUGGUCAGCUCCAUCUUGAUGAUCGCCUAUAUGGUCCUGCUGCCUCUGGUCCUCAACACUUACUCCCCUCCAUGGAUCGCUUGGCAUAUUUGUUAUGGACACUGGAACCUUGUCAUGAUUGCUUUCCAUUACUACAAAGCUGCCAAGACUUCCCCUGGGUUUCCCCCUACAGAAAAAAACGACAGUCCAUUUGUGUCAGUCUGCAAAAAGUGCAUCAUGCCUAAACCAGCGAGAACACACCACUGUGGUAUCUGUAACAGGUGUAUUCUGAAGAUGGACCAUCAUUGUCCCUGGUUGAACAACUGCGUGGGCCAUUUCAACCACCGUUACUUCUUCUCCUUCUGUCUCUUCCUGACCCUGGGCUGUGUCUACUGUAGUAUCAGUGGCAGAAACCUGUUCCUAGAUGCUUACAAUGCUCUCGAGCGCUUUAAGCAUUUGGAUAUGGAAAAGCCGGGGAUACCAGUAACAGGGAUGGGAAUACUUAUAGGGCUUCUCCCUCCUGGCCAGACCAACUAUCAGACAUCUGCACCUUCGUACACCUUUAAGGAAAAGAUGAUUAAUAAGAGCAUCAUCUACAUGUGGGUGCUCACCAGCACAGUGGGAGUGGCUCUGGGAGCUUUAACCAUUUGGCAUGCAGUUCUCAUAUCCAGAGGGGAAACCAGCAUUGAAAGACACAUUAACAGCAAAGAAAGGAAGCGAAUGGCCAAACGGGGAAAGGUGUACAGAAACCCGUUUAACUAUGGCAGGCUGAAUAACUUGAAAAUCUUCUUUGGUGUGGAGAAAAGAAGUCACUGGGUGACUCGUGUUCUCCUCCCCUCGGGACACGCCCCACAUGGCGACGGUUUGACGUGGGACGUCUUCCCAGUUAAAAAGGACCCAAUACCUGUAUGACAGACUCUGCUUAGGCAUGCUUGUUGCCUAAUUUGUCACUCUUUGCUUCGUCAACCCAUUUUAUCAGGUUGGCUGAAAGAACUCUUGCUUUGUGGCUCCAAAAAAACUGAACACUUGGACUAAUGUCAACCUCCAGUACCUCAAACACUCGCUGUGGCAUCGCUCAAGGUCCCACAGUCUACAUUUUUCAGCAAGGCAAUGCAUCAUGAAUGGUUUGUUCUCUACUGGGUUUACUUUUUCCUGCAUCCUUUUUUUUUUUUUUUACUUCACUCUGAGCGUUGUGCUAUCAUGGGUUUGAUAUUUUUAUACGCCACAUAUACUGACUGAACUGUCUUUGUUCUGCCAAUGCUUUUUUUUUUUUAAUUCAGAAAACAAAAACAAACAAACCCAGUGGUUCAUCUCAGCGCCUCCCCCUCCUUAUCCCAUUUCCACACGACUGUCCAAUAUUAUCAUUUGAUUCAAACAUUCAUUCAUGAUAAUGUUAUUUAUCUGUGUUUUGUACCUAUUAAGUUAAUAAAUCUUUCUAACUUGCUUUAUUUAAAUAA